CGAGAUUUGAUAGUAUGACUUAUAAUCCGAAAAAUAUAAUUUGACAACGAAUUUCGAACUAUUCAAAUAGGUGAAAAUGGACGAAAAUUCAACUAGGGAAAAAUUCUUUCCCGACUUGUAUCUCAGAUCAGGUGGAAAACGCAUUGAUUAUGUCAUUGUCUUCAGUUACAGACAAGUGCUAAGUUCAGAGGCUGGACGAGACAGUUUGGCAUUAUACUUGGAGAAUUUGGCUGAUAAAGGCUUCCAUCUGGAACAGACUUAUCAUACGAAUGAUCGAGAUAUAGGCUUUGUAAAAAUACAUGUACCCCACGAUAUCCUAGUAGGCUAUGCUGAUGUGAUAAACAUAGAUCUGAUGUACAAGAUGACCUCCCUUUCUAUGGACCACAAAAUGUCUAUUUUUAAAUGUCGAAGGAACGCUUUGUCCUAUAACGAUGAAAGAAGUCCUUACUAUCAUAGAGCAAAAGAGACUAUUGGAAGAGAAUAUCCGAAAAGGAUGACCCAGGCAGAAAGGAUACUCAUUGCGUAUCACUUGCUACAAGAAGUUUCAUUCGGACCUGAUAUAUACGAUGUUAGUCUUCAACGUCUGCAACAUAGAGGGAUAGUCAUAGAUUCCUUAGCCCUGCAUGAGGGUCCCCCUGCCUUGACUUCCAAAGGACCCCUUACUGAUAGGCAGUUGCUGGCCUCUAAUUGGGGAGAUAUCGGAAACUUCCUCAAGGAACAACCUCUUGACGUGAUUCAGAAAUAUUUUGGCCCCGAGAUGGCCUUCUACUUCGACUUUGUCAGAUUCUGCGAUAAUAUGUUGAUCCUUGCAAUCGUGUGUGGCAUACUUUUUUUCAUUAUUGGAUACGCUCUGAAUUGGAGCUCUCUAUAUCAAGUAAGAGAUGAGGUGUGCCACAGUAAAGAAUAUUUGUGUGCAAAUUGCGAUCCUGAACUAUGCAAAUUGAUUCCCAUGAAGAACUUCUGCGCUUCUUUCGAAGAAAGUCAUAUCUACGAUAACGUUGGUACUUUUUGCUUGGGAAUUUUCAUGAGUCUCUGGGGAACGUUGUUUUUGGAACUGUGGACACGAAGAAAAAAUUUAAAUCUGGUCAGAUGGAAUCUGUCCAAUGUACAGUUGGACAUAUCAACAAGAAUAGGUUAUGAGGAGCAAACAGACGUACUGGAAUUAUCUCCGGUAACUAAAAAAUGGGAGCCUGCUAUGUCUAGAUUCUCUUUGUUUUGGAGAUACGCUGUAAUUGUCCUCAUUAUGCUAGCUCUAAUGUUCUUCGUACUCUUUUUCGUGGUGUUGUCGAUAAUGAUCAACAAAUUCAUUGGAAGACUUGGUCUCAAAUACAUUCGCAUAAAACUUUCUUCAAUUCAAAGAAGGUUCAUUGUGACCUGUCUUGGUUGUUUUAUACAGGUGAUAUUCAUCAUAAUUAUUGACAAGGUGACAUUGCCAGCUGUCCAAUUUAUGACUCACUUAGAAAACUGCAGAACACAAUUGGAUUAUGACAAUUCUUUCGUUAUGAAGUUAUGGAUAAUAAGUUUCGUAAAUGGAUUUGCAGCCAUUUUCUAUAGUGCAUUCAUCAAAGGCUUAUUUUAUACUGAUCCCAGUGAUCAAUCAAUAUAUUGGGAUUUUUCCUUCAAAGGAGAUCUGUGUGCACCGGCUGGUUGUAAUGUAGACCUUAUUUUUCUUUUGACCUUCAUUUUAGCUAUUCGGACCUUAUUUAUCAAAUGUAUCUUCAAAGUUUUCAUACCAAUCGUGAAAUAUAUUUUCUAUGAAAGGCUUAUCCCCUCAUUUGAAAGAAGACUACAAUGGGAGGAGGAUUAUGAUCUCGCAAGAGUUACGGAUUUGAGCAUAUUUCUUGAAUAUUUGGAAAUUGUGAAUCGACUGACCAUGGUUCUUUUCCUGACUUCAGUAUUCCCCUUUGUACCCCUCAUAACAUUCUUCUGCAACUAUGUAGAAGAGAGAGUAGAUGCUAACACUUAUGUGAAGUUACGAAGAAGACCCAUACCUAGAAAAGUGACUGGACUUGGGGUUUGGUCUUAUAUUAUCAAAUUUGUUGUAAUAUUUGGAGUUAUUAUAAACGCGCUCACAUCACUAUUGACAAAACGGUUCAUCCAUAUAUCUUAUUACCAUUAUCAACACAAUAGUAUAGACGGAUACUUGGACACAGUAUUCUCAAAAUUCGCUAUUGCCGAUUAUAAAUUUGAUGGAAUCAAACAUCAGGUUAACAACUUGACGUACUGUUUAUACCAUAGACCUUAUCGUUAUCCAUACAAUCAUGCAAAUAAAUAUGAAGAUAGCCCGGAGAAGUUUCCUCUUUUGGCCUUUACAGCAUGUUUCAUUGUUGUUUAUCAGCAUGUUGUCUUCCUCCUCUCAAUGUUGCUUGCCAAACUUAUUCCGGAUGUAUCUGAGGAUGUUCGGGAGCAUCUCCAUCAUCAGAGGUUACGAGACAGAAAUAUGAUACGAAAGCAUCGUCAAAAAAAUUUUCUGGAUAAAAGUGCCAACAAGCCGAAGUGAUAAGAUUGAUUUGUUCAAAUUGUAUCAUUCACAAUUUUGUGAUACCUUAUUAUAUUUUCUCUUGUGUCUUUUUUUUAUAUAUUUCAAGGAAAUAUAUUUAAUCUAGAAAUAAACUCGUUUCUAAA